AUGCUUUGUGCUGGUGCUGGUGCUGGUGCUGGUGCUGCUGAGAAGAAUGGAAAGCCCGGGGCUGCAAACACCAGAUUGGCUGGCUUCUGUAGGGCAGGAGUGGACUUGGCGAAUCGCAGCUGCAGCCCCUUCCUGCCUCGAGAGCUUUUGGAGCAUCUUGCCUUGGCUUCCAGAAGCCCUUUGCGGCAGCUGUCUCCUGUCGCUGCCAUGCCUCGCGAUGGCAUCCCAGCAUCGCACUGCAUCCCACCUGCGUCGCAUCACAUCUUGGAGCCAGCUGCCGGCAGUGUCUGUUCCAGUCUUCGCCAACAGCCUGCGAGGCCUUUGACGGCCAGCACCUCCUUCCUCACUGGACACCAAGCAUUGCCAAUUACGCCUAGACGCAGCCAGGCCAGAGGCUGGCUGCCGUCGUCUGCAAGCCACACCACGAUCACAGCUAGCGACGCCUCGCAACGCCCGCGCAAAAACCCCCCCAUACGCCCUAUCUCGCCCGCCAGGAUUCAGCCACCACAAAGUGCCAUUCCUCCCGACUCGCUAGGCUGGCCAAGCCUGCAUUCAGCCUUUCAGCCCUCUUCAGCUUGCCACAGCCGCACCAACAAGUCAUCGGCACGCGUCCCAGAGCCAUCGCCCGGCGAGGCAGGGGCCACACGUUCAGCGCGCUCGACCACGAGGGCCACACCGUCUGUCCCAAUCCGGAAGCUCAUUACCUCUGCCGCCACAACUGUUGGCCCGUGGAGCAAGAGCAAUAGUCUCAACGGCUCGUGCUACGUCGCACCCAUCUAUCUGUCUGUGCUGGGCAUUGACAGAAGCACGUCACCCUCGCAGCUGCGUGUGGACCGUGCCGCCUUCUCGGCAAGCCCUCUCGAUCCCUCCCGUCAACUCUGGCCUGUGCUGUGCUUGUGCAUGACCGAGAACCUCGCCGCUUGUGGUGGACCACCAAGGACGAGAAGCUGGGUCAUGGACAGAUUUCCCCGAGAGCCGUCGGGACCUGGAAAAGAGGAACCGCGUCAUCACGACCCCGUUGUCUCCGGGGGUUCUUCUCCUGGUACUGCUGCUUAUGCUACCGGUUUUUCUGGUAUUGGUGGGCCACUGUCCACUUUCACCGGUGCUACUUGACGCAAAAAAACAAAAAUUAAAAAAGUCUCUGAAGACUAGGGCCGGCUAACGAUGUAACUGCCGAACGGCGUCUACUUUCUGAUCUUCACUGGCGACGGACAAUGAAGGAUCUCCGAGCGAGUAACCGAGCGGGCUACUGCGCAAUGUGAUGCUGCCCUGUGCAUAUUUGGGCCGUCGGUAUCAGAGGAAAGGAAACAUACCUCUUGACUUGGCGAGGUCAAAGAGGCAAAACGGGGGGUCCCAUGAGCUUACACACAGAAAAGAUGAGUUCUGUUGCGACGCUGGUCCUGGUGUCCUCCUGCCUGAUCGCCUGCCCUUCCUUGCCUUUCCUGCCUACCAUAUAUCGCCCUGAUCUGCAGUGGGGGAAAAGGGUGCAAGUGCCCACCCGUUAAAGCAUCUGUGCCGCU